GUUUAAUCUGUGUUUUUUAGUAACGCAUCGAAUCAAAUCGAAACUUGAUUGGCUUUGGAACAUUCGGACAGAUGAUAAUAUGAGAUCUGAUUAAGAAAAAGCGACUGUCGACCAGCAAGAUGGCUGAAGGAGGCGACGGCGAACGCUCGUCCGACAAUCCAAGGGUAGCAGCGCACUGCCGUAACAAUCCAUAUGAAGAGGAGUCCAAAGAAGUGUGUAUUCUUAUGUCUUGGCUUGGAUAUGGACCAGAAUGCAGACAAAAACGUCGAGCAUGUUACUCCGAGUAUGCACGAUUGUGGAGUGCGUACUUCGAAUCAUUGGGGCUGUUCAACUGCAUAUUUACUGGUAGCAAAUCAGAAGGCCUCUCGUGCUAUAUGGAGAAUGACACAGAUAUGUUAAGUGUCGUUUCGAAUGUAGUCUGCCUGGAGGAUUGUCUUCACAUCAAGGACAUUCCAGACGAUACAGUUGCGUUCCUGAUGGAUACAAAAUAUACCUACCCGGGGUAUUAUAGGCUUUUUCUAGUUCGACGAAAUGAUAUUCUUUGGGAUAUUGAAGAGGCAUUAUGUGAUGAUGGGCGUGGAAAUGUUUUAUUGAGCAGUGAUUUAUUUGCUGAUAUUAUCCCCGGUGUUGAACGUUCAGGACCAUCCACUCCUCUUGUAUUUUUGCAAAUGCACCACGAUCGAGUAUUAGCACUUCGUUGUCACAGUACCGUAUUAUUAAAGAAAUGGGCUGAAAGGUCUCGCCAUUGGCCACCAUUUGAAGUCGUUAAUAAAGUUAUUUCGUUUGGAGCAUGUUUAAGUCCUGUAGGGUUUAAGGAAAGUCCACACAGACACUUAGAAUGGAGAAUUUGUUUUAACUCUGGAGAAACGGAAAUUAUGAACAGCCUUUCAGACACCCAACUCAAAAUUUACGUUAUGCUGAAGAUGAUCGUAAAGGAUGUUCUCCGGCCGCAACAUAAAGAGGUAACGUCGUACACUCUGAAAAACAUAAUAUUGUGGCAAGCGGAGAGCUAUCCGCAAACAUUGUUUAGUGAAAGAAAUUUCUUUUAUUGGCUACGCGAAGGAUUGGGCAAACUUAAAAUAGCUAUAGCCACAAAACACAUGAAAUACUACAUGAUACCAGAAAGAAAUCUUAUGGAAGGCUGUAGAUUAAGACCCAACCAACAGAGUAAAUGGAUAUCAGUCAUCACAGAAAUGAUGAACGAAGGGCCGAGGAUUAUUCUAAGGCUGGAAAAGAUCCGAAAAGCCGUUAUCGCGUACCCAGAGCCUCUUAUGUGGUACAGCAAGAUGAGGACUGAGUUGGAAAUGUUAAUGCUGGAAGGUAUGGUUAGACAGCAUUUGUUCUUAGGUGAAAACGAUUUUGUUUCAAAUGAAAACGAUAUGUCUGUAAUAGAACAUCUUAUGCUGACUUUAUCCAGAAUGUGUGUUCUGUCCGAUAAUAUCAUUGGCGAGUUGCUAGCACGAGCCUUAGAGAUAGUACAAACAAUUGCUUUCAAUUUGAACGUGAGUAGUUUGGAUGCCUGUAUGAUUUUGCAAAUAUUGUAUAGAAUGUUGAGUUAAAGACAUUUCAAAAUUGUGAAAUAACCGAACGUUAGACGGUAGAUAUGCAUUUACACUGACCUACGUCUAUAACGAAUUUAGUACAAAGUGGUGAAAAGAUCACCAGCAUCUUCGAGCUCGAACACUGUUUGAAGGUUUGAAAAUCGGGUCUUGCAAUUGUCAACAUAAACUUAAAUUUUGCGAAAGUAAGGUUUAACCGGCAUUAGGUAACGUGUAAUGUUUAUAUUACCCGAAUAUGUUUUCAAUGUAAAUGAGUUGAUCGUGUCUCGUACAAUGUACUCGUUUUCAUCUCUGCUAAGCCAGGACAUAUGCCGACCGUGUACUUUUCCAUAUUUAGUCAGUCGCUUUUUAUAUUAGGAUUUAACAUUAUAGACGUAACGGAAGAAGACAAAACACACUUAAAAUACAAAAUAUUAUUUUGUUUCUGUUAUAACGUGUUAUGUUGGGCCAAUAAUGCCAAGAUACCUUCGAUAAACGGCUUUUUACUGACCGCACCUGAUGCGAUACAAGGUACGAACGGCUCUCGGCCAAUAUGGAUUUUCUAGCACUGUUUCAUGCCGUGCGAGGUCAGAAAGAAGCCGUACAAUUUGUUUUUCAUUUUGAGGAAAACAUUCAUUUUUAUUGAUCAUUAUUUAUAUCUAACAUGUUUGUGACCACGGAUACUGUUGGUUAGUCAACAACACCUCAUAUAGUAUGAAAUGCAGUGUCGGAGAAACCAUUAUUAUUUUUUAUUAAUGGAAGCCCCAUGUUCUUAAUUCUUAUUAUAUUGUGAAAUAGUAUGGCACAUAAAUAUAGGAUCUGGCAUGAGUUGUCAUAUCAUACAAUAUUUUAUUAAACGAGUUCAGGAUUUUCCUGAACGAGUUUAAUAAAAUAUGUUAUAUGACAAAGAUUGCCAGAUCUAUUUUAUUACAUGCUUUUAAAUGAGCAAAUUAAAUAAAUAUAUACGCAAGCAUAGUGAUGAAUCCCGAAUGUUUUUUUUUAUAUUUCGUGAUGUCAUUGGACGUUGCAACAUCAUUUCAGCAAAAUAACAACAUGCGA